CUAAAAAAAAACAUGUCUCUGAUUUUCUAACAAUGCAGGGACAGGAAGUGGUUUGGGUUCUGUGCAUUGAUUGAUUGCUUUUACUUUUAUUUCGUGUGACAAGCCUUCCUGUGUGCUUUGAGGGCGGGGAAAGAAGGAGGAGGGAUCAGUGCUUCUCUGGUUGUCUGCCAGCUUUAGCUUUGGAAGGGUUAAGGCAGGGGAGGGUUUGAUAUCACCAAGGUUUUCAGCUGCUUUAAUCCAUCAGCCUGCAGAUCAGGAGGAGGCACAGAAGGCAGGGGACAAGAAGGAAAAGAGCAAACAGCACAGAAGCAGCAAGGAAGAACGCUGAUCUUCGGCAAAGCUUUCUUUAGCAGGCAUGGAGUGUUUGUAAUUUAGUGUUGAAUGCCUGAGCCAAAGUUAAAAGCCUUUCUGCAAAUUCCAGCGCUGAUCAUUUGCUCAACUACCAGCAAGCACUUUAUGCAGUAUUCCUGGAAAGCUGUGGGAAGAUCAGCGAGAAGCAGCAUCUGUCUAAGGAAGAGACCAAACUACCUUUUGUGAAUUAAUGCUUUACAAGUCAAAGUCAAUGCCUAGGACCAGGAGGGCCGUUUUGCUGCUGUUUGUUUUGUCCACAGAGAAAUUAAUGCCUGUUCUACGGAUUUCUGUUGGAGAGUGCAGAUUCCAUAGUGAUAAGAACAAGUCACUUGCAAUAAUAUGCUGAUUUUGUUAUCAGGAGUCAGUUUUAAUAAGGCAUUUCCUUUGCCUGUUGACGGUCUCUGGCACAAACGUGUAGAGGAAAUUCUUCUCUGACAGUUUCUGGUAAAGGAAGAGUAACACAGGAGGUGAAUAAAGUUUUGGGGGAGACGAGUGUCAACACUGACACCCAUACAAACUAAUAGUUUUCAUUUUGGGAGUGUAUAAAAUGUUGGUAAAAUUUCUUUUUGCUUUGAAGGACUUAUGUGGCUUAAUUAUGGAGAAAAUGAAACUCUGUCGGUUAAGUGCAGCAUAACUGACUUUGGCAUAGAAUCUGUUGGCCGUGUAUUUAUUUCUGUAUGGCUGUCAUUUGCUGUUUUCUUCUGAAACCUUUACUUUGGUGGCAAGCUAUGCGGAUGGAAGGGAGCAUGUUCUUACAGUCUGCCUGAAAAAGGGAAUACAGGAAGUUCAGUUAAGCGCUGCCUGAUUUCCCCCCCCCCCUAAAGGUUGGGGCAAGUUCCCUGUUUGAACGUUUUUUUCCCCAGCUCUUUAAGAGUAAGUUCUACUGAGCCAUCUGUGAAAUGUAUGAAAGUGUGGAUGUAGUGGGGUUGAAUCCCAGCCCUAACCCCUUCCUGAUGAUGGAUUUUUAUAAUCAAAACAGAACCUGUCUAAUACAGGACAAAGGUCAUCAUAGUCCAUAUGGAACUCCUAUCAGGAACCAGCAUUGGAACAGCUCCAGCCACUUGGAAACGCAGAGUACCAGUUCUGAAGAAAUCGUCCCAAGCCCACCUUCCCCACCACCGUUGCCUCGAGUCUACAAGCCAUGUUUUGUGUGCCAGGAUAAAUCAUCAGGGUAUCAUUAUGGUGUCAGUGCCUGUGAAGGAUGCAAGGGUUUCUUCAGGCGGAGUAUACAGAAAAACAUGGUAUAUACAUGUCAUCGAGACAAAAGUUGCAUCAUUAACAAGGUGACCAGAAAUCGUUGCCAGUACUGUCGACUGCAAAAGUGUUUUGAAGUUGGAAUGUCCAAGGAAUCUGUGCGAAAUGAUAGGAAUAAAAAGAAAAAAGACAUGCCAAAGCAAGAGUGUUCGGAGAGCUACACCAUCACACCAGAGGUGGAAGAUGUAAUUGAGAAGGUGCGCAAAGCACAUCAGGAUACUUUCCCUGCCCUCUGCCAGCUUGGGAAAUACACUACAAAAAACAGUUCAGAUCAGCGGGUUUCUCUGGAUAUCGAUCUCUGGGAUAAAUUCAGCGAACUUUCCACAAAGUGUAUUAUAAAAACAGUUGAAUUUGCUAAGCAGCUACCUGGCUUCAUCACACUCACCAUUGCAGACCAAAUCACUCUCCUUAAAGCCGCUUGCCUUGAUAUUUUGAUUCUGCGAAUUUGUACAAGGUAUACCCCUGAGCAAGACACAAUGACUUUCUCUGAUGGGCUAACCUUAAAUCGCACACAGAUGCACAACGCUGGAUUUGGGCCUCUUACAGACUUGGUAUUCGCCUUUGCCAAUCAGUUGCUUCCGCUCGAGAUGGAUGAUGCAGAAGCAGGCUUACUUAGUGCUAUUUGCCUGAUUUGUGGAGAUCGGCAGGACCUUGAACAGCCUGAUAAAGUGGAUAAACUACAGGAACCAUUGCUGGAAGCAUUAAAAGUUUAUGUUAGAAAACGAAGACCCAACAAACCUCACAUGUUUCCCAAAAUGUUAAUGAAAAUUACUGAUCUUCGGAGCAUCAGUGCAAAGGGUGCUGAACGUGUCAUCACCCUGAAGAUGGAAAUUCCUGGAUCCAUGCCUCCCCUUAUUCAGGAAAUGCUGGAGAACUCUGAGGGAGGGGACUGCAGUCAACAGGGUGGGAGCAGAACAAACAACACAGCACCACCCAAGAGCUGUAGUCCCAGCCUUUCCCCAAGUUCAUCUAGAAGCAGCCCUGCUAACCACUCCCCGUGACAUUUACUGAAAUGGACACAGUUUUUGUAAUAGACUCGUGAUUUUAAAUUUUCAUGGUGAACACUUUUUGUAGUGAUCCUAAGGCAUUGCUUAAAAAGUACCACAUAUCCUAUAUAUAAGUUAAAGGACAAAGAUUUUUUCUACCUAGCGAGCAAUGUUAAAUGCUUCAAACUAAGCAAAUAUGGCUUACAGGGUUACAGUUUGAAAUGUUUGAAAAAAAUUGUUCUUAAACUGGAUACAAGUCUUUCUCCAGGACUGAGAUCAUUUUAUACCUUUUUGUUUAUUGUAACUUCAUACUGAAAAAAGAGUGUUUCAAAGCUUUGAGUGUAAGUAAACAAAAAAGGGUUUUACAGACUAACUGUGUGAUAUGUGGUCUGAAGAUCACCACUGUUGUGAGAUCAUGAUGUGGGGGUCAGUCUUCAAGAAGAAAUUAAAAGGCCGUAUGCUAAACAUUAUUAACAUCCCUUAUGGAAGUAAAAAAAAAAGGAUGAGUGACAAAAAGAUGUGAGUAUGAACUGCUUAGUCUCGCAUUUCCAAGAUUGUUUUAAUCACUUGUAUCUUUCUUGAAUAACCCGCUAUAGUCAUUGUAUCAGCAGUCACCUGUGCAGUCCAUUUGUUUUCAAAUGCAAGCAUAUUUGUAUGUGUGCAUAGAUGUAUACACACAUACAAUAAACAUUGAUUUAUUGUAUGAAGUCAUGCAGAUUGGGUUCAUUUGAGGAAAACAAACACACAAAUGAAAGGACUGGCUCUAUGUAAUCUUUUUUGAGAUUAGUUGCCUAGAAAAUAUCACAUAAAAUGGGAAAAGAAGUCACCUUUCCAAUGAUGUAUAUAAGCUGUCUUGUUUCAUAUAAACUAUGGAGAGUUUAGACUCCAUUUGUUAUAUGCCUUUUUAUAAGAUUUUUUGUUUUAAAUUUUAAGCACAUUUAUACUGAAGGAGUCAUGCUGAUGUACAGUGUAGGCCAGUUAUAUGCAGUCAUUAUUGGGGAACUGACCAAUUUAAACUAGGUUAGGAAGCAAUGAUGCUUUACAGUCCAAGCUGUCUGCCCUCUUCCUGAAUUACAGUGAGAAUACUGCCAUUUGAUGUAUGUCCGGUUAUGGCAAAUAUAUCUUCAUUACCUGAAAAUGAAGCUAGCCAGCAAGAAAUAACUCUUCCUCAUGUGAAGUGGCCAAGCUUGAUUACACUGUGCGCAGUAGAAACAUCACUUGUAUUGUAAACAUUCUUUUUCUGAUAAUUGGGUCUUUGGUUUCUCCAGGCGAAAGAAGCUAGCAAGUCAUUAGCAAGGGCCAAUUUCUAUUCAGAUAUGAAGACAAGGGUGCUGCCAAGGUUCUAGAACAACUGCUGCAUAAUUGCACUUUGCUGAGAGAGAAAGGGAGACACUUGAGUUUGGUCCUGGAAUUAAUCCUUUAACAGAUUCUGUACUGGCAAACAGCAAUCUGUACAUUUUGAUGAUUAAGGAAUGUAGAGGAAAGAAAGAAGGCGAGAAAAAACUCUUCAGCCACUCAUGUUUGUAGAACUGUGGAAGGAAUUAUGUCUUAUUAUUAUAAAUGCUACAUUCAUAUUUUCCAGAUACUAAUGACAGCAAAUAAUAAUCAGGGCAGUUUUCAUUGUAAGAUCAGAUCCCUUUGACCAUUACCUUUCAAAGCCGUAAAUAAAUCCCAUCUGUUUGUAGAGUGUGGUAAUGAUAGUGUACAGUUAGCAUGCCUUAUGACAUGGACAGUACCAAUAUUUCAGCUGCCUGCUGUCCCUUCUUCACUCCAUGUUCUGAGUGUUGUCAUGUUUGAACAGGAAGAGUGCAUGUGUUUUGGGGGAAGGCAGGGAGUUGGAGACUGUUUUCAUAUACGGCUGUUAAGGAAGAUUUAGAUUUUUUGUCAAAUAUUUCUCUGCCCCACUCUGAAAAUAAAUCCACUUUAUUUUCAGCUCUGGGAACUGACUUUAAAAUAAUGUCAUGCCUAUAUAAAUGGAUUGGGCAUAUCCGUCCACUGUGUCACUUUGUUCACAUGCAAUAAAAUUGAAAGUAUAGGAAGGUGGAGCAGAGGGGAGCACUGCCCCUGUUUGCAAAGGAAGGUAGUACAGAUUUCUGUUUGUGAGGGAAGUUAAGGCAUAUUUAACUUAACACUUUCUGGAGUAAAGCUACUCACAUCACCAUGAACAGUACAGUUGGAAUAGCUGCAUUGUUUGUACAUAUUUAGACAUGCACAUUAUUUUGUAGCAUGUGGAUUAAUGUACACCAAGCCUCGUUGUUUCUAAAAGGUAGCUGAGUUCACAGUUGCUCACUGCUAUUAGGCCAUUGUGCUGCAUAUCUGCUCUGGUAGAACACAGUUGCUCAACACAAUACAGAUUCUGAUGUCAUCACUGGGUACAAAGGUCAAUGACUCAUGACUUAAAACUCUCAACAUAAUGGAAACUAAAAAUAAAUCAACAUAUUGACAAAUUUUCUUUCACUGAUUUGUGGGCAGUCUUAAAGUCCAGUAGAGGUGAACAAGCUGAAACAGGUAGCCUGGCAGAAGUACAUUGUCAUGAAUUCUUAAGCAGAGGAUUUUGAUGCAGAAACCAUAAAUAUGCUUUGUGUACACAACAGCAGCAGCUUGGACCCCCCUUCCUUUAUGCAAGCUUAAAAAUUCUUUUGCAAAGUAUUUCAUGUAGCUAACACUCUGCAUAUGAAUUCUAUACUUGGAACUGUAAUGAACUGCAAUCAAACCUAUGGCACUAUAUUACCUGAAAAGCGAAGUAUAUAUUUUUUUACAUGAUUCUUUAUUCAUAUCAAAGUAGGGUGCUUACUGUGAGGGCACUUGGUCACUAGUGUUUAUCACAUUCUCUACCAGUUCUGAUGUCUCCCCAUUACCGAUGUACACUUCCUCCCAACAUCUUAAAUAUCGUACAAUAUGUAUUGUGCAUAUGUGCUCUAGAUCUUUUCUUCUGAGGACUAGAAACUGAGCUGUGUGUGCACUCUCAGUUUUUAGCAUAAGUCAUGAAAUAAAAUCUUUUAUUUUUUGAAGAAAAA